ACCUUAGUUAUUAUUUAACUUGGAAGCCUAAACUUUUUUUCUGGGGCUUCUUAAAAUUCGGACCUCUGUGCACCGAAAUGAAAAUGUGACGCCUUGCUAUGCAUUUUUACAUUUCUAAUAAUUUCCCUGGACAGCAAACUGAAUAAGUAAAGAUGCCAGAAGUUAAUACAUUUUGGAGAUUAUUUGGUUUUGGGUUGUUUUUUUUUUAGUACAGGUGCUGGCGGGGGCAGCCUGCACAGCUGCCCAGUUGUUAUUAUGCGUGUCUUGCAGUCUAACAGCAGCUUGUUGCUUCUUCCUGACCACCGAUGCAAGGGUGAUUCGACGAUAAAUUUGGGUGAGAUGAAAGAGGCUGCCUGCACCGUGUCAUUACUCCGACUCCAGCUCUCCACGGCCCCCGGCGCUCUGCAUACCUUUCCUGGUUCGGCAGAGCCGGGGAGGCGCUCCAAAGUGAGCCCUCACUUGUUGAGGAUGGCGACUGACAAGGAGGCACAUCUGGGCUCCAUCGAGAAUCCGAUCAAGUUUAGAGGUCAGGACUUCAAGACUCUCCUGGAGGAAUGUCUGAUGUCCGGAGAGCUGUUUGCUGACCCAGCCUUUCCAGCUGAGCAGAACUCCAUCGGUAUGCCGGAAGAUCCGGAUCCAAAAAAGGCGAUUAAGUGGCAGCGACCCAAGGAAAUCGGUGUGAAUGCUGUGUUUGUGGAGGGCACCACUGGAACCACUGACAUCUGUCAGGGCCAGCUCGGUAACUGCUGGCUGCUGGCAUCCCUGUCCUGUCUCACCCUGCACCCUACGCUCUUUGUGAAGGUGGUGCCCCCCAAUCAAAGCCUGUCCGAGUCUUAUGCUGGGAUCUUCUAUUUUAGGUUCUGGCAGUAUGGUGAGUGGGUGGAGGUGGUUGUGGAUGACAGGCUGCCAGUACGCGAAGGCCGUCUGCUCUUCAGCUACUCUCACACCCGCAACGAGUAUUGGAGCGCCCUGGUGGAGAAAGCCUAUGCCAAGUUAGUCGGAUGCUAUGGAGGCCUGAAGGGGGGAAACAUAUCAGAGGGGAUGGAGGAUUUUACAGGAGGCAUUGCCUACACGAUGGAGGUCUCAUCACGUACUCCUCGAGUCCUCUGGAGGUCUCUGACGGCUGCCCUCACUCGAGGCAGCCUGCUCAGCUGCUUCAUCCAGGCCAGCAGCUACCGUGAGGUUGGUAAAGUGACAGGAGAAGGGCUGAUAAAGGGCCACGCUUACGCCAUCACUGACACUGAAAAGGUGAUGAAAGCAACAGAUGAGAUUUUGUUGCUGAGGCUGAGGAACCCCUGGGGUUUCGUCGAAUAUCGCGGACCCUGGAGUGACAAGAGUAAAGAGUGGGAUGACGUGGACAAAGCAGAGAAAGAAAGGAUUGAGCUGAAAAGCAAAGAAGAUGGAGAAUUCUGGAUCAGUGCUGAGGACCUAUCCAGCCUGUUCGACAUCGUGGAGCUCUGCAGUAUGAAUCCUGACCCUCUGGUGGAGGGAAACACGCCGGCCUCCCCUUCCUCUACUGCCUCCCCAUCAGCCUGGACCAUCAGUGAACAUGAAGGAUUCUGGUCACCGGGGAGCUCUGCUGGCGGUAGCCGCAGAUACAACAAGUCGUUCUGGAGGAAUCCACAGUUCCAGUUGGUUCUCAAAGAGCAGGACCAAUCAGAUGAUGAGGACGAUGAUGAUGAUGAUGAUGAUGAUGAUGAUGAUGAUGAUGAUGAAGACGAUGAGGAGGCAAUGACCCCAGAGGAGAAGAAGAGAGCGGAGAAACAGAAGCAGAAAGCCAAAAAGUGCACUGUGUUGGUGGAGCUGCUUCAGAAAAACCGCAGGCAGAAGGACAAAGUCCACUUCCUCUACAUAGCUUUCCACAUCUACAAGGUUCCUUCUGAGCUCCAGGGUGCGUGUCUGAGCCGCAGCUUCUUCAUGAAAAAUCGCCCCGUGGGCCGUUCUGGGAAAUAUAAAGCUCAGCGGGGCGUGUGGAGAAAGCUGCAUCUGGACCCGGGUAACUACAUCAUUGUGGCGUCCACCUAUCGACCCAACCAGCCCGGAGAGUUCUUUGUUCGCAUUUUCUCCAAGACUGGAAACACUCUGGGGACUCAGGACUUCACCUGCUCCUCUGGCUUCCUCCCUGUUAUGGCCACUCCUGUCUCACCUGAGAAUCAAAUAAAAGUUCAGAAGACUUUUGAUGAGGUGGCUGGCCCAGAUGACAGACUGAACGCCAAGGAGCUCAUGACACUGUUCAACUCAGCUCUUGACAAAGAUUACCAUCUGCCACUGGAGACAUGCAGACAGCUCAUCUUUGGAGAGGAAACUAAAGGGCGCUCCAGCCUCAGCCGUAAACAAACAGAAACCCUGCUGUCCAGUCUGCGCAAUCUGCAGUCUGUCUUUUUCCAGUUUGAUGAGGACUCCUCUGGGACCAUGAGUCCCUUUGAACUCAGCACAGCGCUGCAAGCUGUUGGAAUGCAGUGUGAUAACAGGGUACUUCAGCUGCUGUCUGAACGGUUUGCCUCUGGAGACCUUCACAUGCCCUUCCACAGCUUUGUGUCAUGUGUCACCAGGCUGCGGAAGCUUUUUGCUCUGUAUGAAUCAGAGACCAGUCAAGAGGUGAAAGACAGAGGAAUCAACUCUUGGCUGCUUCAGUUCCUGACAGUGUGAAGUCACUUCAGGAAGACGGUCUCCACAUCAGACCCAGCUGAGCCACAGCAUGCUGUGAUUAUAAACUUUUUAACGUUUUUAAACAUGUGUGCCUUAUUCCAGAGCAGCUGCUGUGGCUAUCAGUUUGUGCUUUGCCUUAAUACUUAUCUCAGCUUGUACUGCUCUCGUACUUCUGGCUAUAGCUUCGAUAGAAGUUCAGCUUUAUUGUCAUCAUACAAUACAAGACAGCUCAAUGAAAUGCAAUUGUCAUCCUCGCCACACUACACACACACACACACACACAGAAAAGGUGUUCAAAUAUUUAAAAUAGGAGAGAAUAAAAACUAAAGUAAACGCCAAAUAAAAUAGACCAAAGUGUAUAAAAAUAGAGCUAAAAGAAAAAAAUUAAUGGACGCAAAAUGUAUAAUAUGUGCAUAUAAAGAGUACCCCAUCAUUUGAUGUCAUGCAUUAUGCAGUGUUAAUCAAUUAAUUGUUGUGUUUUGCUGUCAUAUUACUCAACAAAACUUAUUUCAUAUCUACAAAUGUGAGUUUACAGGUGUCCUUAUUCCUCUUGUCCUAUUAAAGCAUU